AUGUCUCGCGCGUCAAAGUUUACUCUGGCAGCUACCGGUCUGGGUACGGCGGGAAUUGUCUGGUUUGUUCACUGGGCGCAAGAGGCGGACCGAGCGGCGAUGCAUAGAGGUGUUGAACGAGACAUAGAAAAACAGCGAAUCCGACAAGAACGACAGGCCGAAUUUGAGUUGCAGAAGCGAUUGGAAGAGGAAUACUUGAAGCUGCAGACCGUUACCAGCACCACCGAUGCCCAAAGCCCGGCAAAUCAACCUUCGAAUACAGGAACAUGA